UUUGAAGGCAUGACAGCAACUUAAAAGUUUUAUUUUGAAAUGUUUUUAUUGAAUAUAUUAUUCGAAAAAGUUGCAGCUUCAGCUGUCUAUGUAACACUGGAAGGUGAGGCUCGCGUGCAAUGGUCUCUCAGCGGCAAGAGUGACUCGGCCAACUACUGUGGUCAUCAGCAAUAUUUAUAUACGCGCACCAAUGUUUUUGAUAGUGCCGAAUUCCGUGCGGGCACACACGUCUACGUGCUGCGCUUGCGUAUACCGUCCGGUUGUCCGUCCUCAUGCAAAGGUCCCUAUGGUUUCAUAGCUUACAAUAUCUCGCUUACCAUCGCCAAGCCGUGGACAUUUGACGAGGUAUUCCGUAAACCCAUAACAGUGGUGCAGGCACUAAACCUGAAUCAUAACCCGGAAUAUGGACUGCCAAUACGCGACGAGAACGUGAAAUAUCUCUGCAAUUGGCCAUGCACCUCGGGACCCAUUAUGUACACAUUACUACUGCCUUACAAUGGUUUCGUGGCACGACAGCAAAUAACGUUCUUCCUGGAAGUGGACAACCAGUCGCCGCACUAUGACAUUUCCAGCGUUGAGGCCUCUCUCAAACAGCACUUUAUUUUCCUAGCACGACAGCCUUAUAAACGCAACUUCUAUACAAAAACAUUGGCGAAAAGCAUCAUUACGGAACGUACGCUACGACUGACCAAACGCAUGUAUCAGGGCACCGUAUGCGUGCCCUCCGAUACACCGCGUUCAACACUUAAUCCCAAUUAUAUUGUUUUUGUACACUACACGCUGCAAGUAAAGUUGAAGACUGGCUACUUUCACUAUGAUACAGAUCUGUCGGUGCCUGUGGUGAUAGGUACCAUUCCGCUGCAGCAGCGCGGUGUACAACUGGUGACCACGCAGCCGCGUAGAAUCAGCAGCCGUGAUAUAUCUACGCUAGAGGAGGAGGACGGUGAUGUGGCGGGUGAGCAGUGGAGUGUACAGGCGGAAAUUAAUCAGACCGAAGAGGAUGAUGAGGGCAAUGAUGAUGACGAUGAUGAUGAUGAUGAUGAUGUGAUCCAGCCAGUAGCCAGUAGCCGCGCUACAUCACGACGAAUACGCACUCAAGAUAUAACUAAUAACAACGACGACGAUGAGCCGCCUUCAUAUGACAGUUGUUUACCUCCAUCCUUCAGUUUUGCCACGCUCAGCAGCCAACAAACGCUGGACAGUGUUGGCCACUCCUCAGAUUCGAAACCACGAGGACAACAACAACGUGCGAUUAAGUUGCCCAAAUUUCCUGGCUACGACAUUGUGGCUGCCUCAACACAGGCCAUUAAUAUGUCUGCAGACUCGGCUUUGAGCUUGAAUUACUACCAUUCCUACGGCUCGCUUGGCACUGGGCACACCGGACGCAGCCUGGACACUUUUGCUUCGAGUUGUGGUGUGCUGAGCGAAACCGAUGAGCAUGUGCAAGACGCCAAUGGAGGCGAUGACGAUGACGAUGAUGAGGACAUUUUCUAAAAAAAAAAACGGAAAUUAUAGAAUUUACUUGAAACCGACUAAGGUGCCAAAGAAUUAAACAAAAAGUGCCAAAAGACAAAACUGCAACUUGCCACUCGCCAAUAUGCCAAUACCUCAUUUUGUAGUUUGUAAAUUAUUAUAAUGCUUAUAUUACAUAAUAUGUCCACUUGAUGCCUUAGGGUUAGUGUAAAAACGUUACACGAUUUAAUAUUUUAGUUGUAGAAGCUUUGAAAUUAUUUUCGAUAAUAUAUAUAAUAUAUAUAUUUACCAUA